AAAGUUGCUGGUUUAAGCCCAUCACUGCGCAUAUAGAUAUGAGACUUGUAGAUAAAACGAAGCUAUUUUAUUCUACCUGUUAUGUCGGUUGUUUGCUGCAUCGUAUGUCAAUGCAAAAUAAUUCGAUUUCCUACAAGCUAAUUGGACACCCGGCACCGAUUAUUGAAACCGCUCACAAAUUCAAUGCAGCGGACAAAUCUAGGGAUCCUCUGUAUUGACUUGAUUAUUAACACAAUAAAUAGGCAACCGUAUUACGCCAAUUAAGUUCCUCUUAGCUGACGUAUUUUGAUUUACGAAGGUUUGCAUUAUUUAUAUUAUUAUUAUUAUUAUUAUAUUGGUUAUCUCUUUAACUAUUCCGCAACUGCCAAGCAAGUUCCUUCGUUUUCAAUGCAGCUUGAAUUUUAGUGGUCAAAUCAGUGUACAAUUAUUUUCUAUAACUAAUUACAUUUAAAAAAUAGCUAUAUUUUUUAUGUAAUACAUUUACUUUCACUUAAUUUUCGAUAUACGCUUUUACAAACAAAUACCUUUUUCACCCCCUAUGUUUAACAAUUAAUGUUACGAUCAGCCUGCGUUUCUCGUUCUGCUAAUGUCUCCUUAUUUCACAACUAUACAGCGGUUAACCUGUUUCGUUGUUUUUCUCUGGCCGUACAAUUUGUUGUUUAAAAUCAUCAUUAUUUGCUGCUUCUGCUAAUAUCGCUAUUGUACAGUCAAUAUGGCAACAAAAACAGCACUGCAGCCGACAAUUCAGCCGCGUUCGAUCUCCUUCUUUCCAGGGACGUGGCAAGCUGUUACGGCGACGGUCAGCUGCCGCCCACUGCAACAAACACGCUUCCAUUGCAAAGGAGGUGUUUAACUGUAGCGCAUUUGCUUAGCCACCUAGUAUCACACGUCAUUAUCGUUGUAUCAGUGUCAUUGUGGACAGGAAAUUAUAGUCGUUGAUCUUCCGAAGAAACUUAAUGCAGUUUUUUUAUAUUUUAUUUGUUACUAUAUCACACUACUCUUACCAUAUCCAGCUAUACUAUAGACUGGAAGUAUGUAGUAAGCCAUUGCAUUUCGGGCGUUGUUUUGAGUGCGGCAGUAUCCCACAGUGAAUAAAGUUGAAAGACUGACUUUACACAACAGCGCGUCAUCAGAACAUUAAACAAAGUAGGAUAUAAUACCAGACCUCUAUACGAGUCAUCGAGCGAAAUAUAAGGAUCGUCACAGCUUGAGAGUCUUGUUUCUGUUCUCAGUACGUACAUAGACUGCUCGCGGAGGGAGCCAUUCUGACCAAGCGAAGUAUGAUGGCGGGUUUCCUGGCUAUUCCCGAGAAACGAACGGGUUCGGUGUCGCUGCAGGAUAAGCUCGGGGAUAUAUUUGCACCAUCGGUUGACGAAACGGUUUGCAACAAUUUUAGGGAUUCGCUCAAGAAGUUAGAUGGCCUUCGCAGUGAUGCCAUUUCAGGACACCAAAGGCUAGCUAGCGGUCUUUCUCUGGAAGAGGCGUUGUCUCGCUAUAUUGAUCAGUUGAAUUACCUCGAAGAGGCCAUUCCGAAACAACAUCUCCAAGUGCCAUUCACAUGGAAAAAUGCUUUUAGCAAUGGCACAAUCAUAACUUUCUACACGUUGUUUACCCAAUCAACAAUAUCGUUCGAGAAAAUAUGUUUGUUUUUCAAUCUGGCAGCAUAUCUGUCACAGCACGCAGCAGGUAAGGGCAAUCCAAAUGAAGAAGAGGGUCUACGAAAUGCGGCAAAGCUGUUUCAGAGAAGUGCGGGUAUAUUCCAAUACAUUCGUCACGCGAGUUCGGUAUCCACAGUGGAGGGUGUCACAACUGACUUGCAUAUUGGAACGCUUCAAGCGCUUGAGAAUCUUUGCCUGGCACAGGCGCAAGAGUGCUUCUAUCUUAAGGCAUUGCAGGACAAUAAGGCUUCUAGUGUCCUAGCUCGAUUGGCGCAGCGCGCCACGGAGUUGUACGAAACGGCAUGGAAGCAUAUGAAGAAGGAGCAUCCUUGCAGUUACCAGUGGGCUUAUGUAAUGCAGUUUAAAGAAGCAGCCUUUCGGGGCGCCACACAGUUCCAUCAGGCCGAUCAGGAUGGAAAAGACUGUCGAGUGAGCGACGAACUGGCUCGAUUGGACCUUGCCAUGGCAGCAUUCAGAGCUGCAAGUAAACAAGCAGAAAAUAUUACGAUAGUUGUUUUGGGGUCACACUGGAGGGAAAUGUACAAGAAUGCCCAAAUAACCCAUAAAAGACGACGCUAUGAAAACGAAUGUGUCUACAAGGAAAAAGUCACUUCGACUCAAGAAUUGCCGGCAGUUGACGGGGCCGCUCUCGCAAAGGCUAUUCCACCAGUAUUGCCUCUGACCCUGCAAGAAAAUCUAUUCGUUAAUCUGCCGCAGGAAUUUCGGGCACUUGUUGAAGUCACUGCGCUACCAGCGGACUAAUGUACCUAGUGGCACAUGAUGAAAAUAUGAAAGAACGGCGUUAUUGAACUAACAGAAAUGAUUUGUAGCCAGCCAUAAUCGCUUCUACAAAGAUAUGUUCAACGAUGUGAUAAUUGUCGAAAAACAGCUAGGGGUUACGCAGAUACCUUUUGCUGCAUGCACUGUACAAUAUUUACAUGUAAUUAUAUUUUUAAUGACAAAUAGAAAAAUAAAUACUAACCAUAUUUUCUGUUUA